AAUCCUCGCCAUUACCUGCUGAAGUUGAUAAUCCUGAAUUCGUGGCUUUGUAUAAUCACGUCAUGUUUGAAGAGCCUAUUCAAGAGCAUGAUUAUUCUAUAGUCAGUUCUGCAAGUAGAGAAAUAGAAAAUUACAAAAAUGAUGUAGUAUUACAAGGUAUAAAUUUGAAUGACUUGGGGGCUCCUAAAACUCCACUUAAUAUUUAUUCACCAAAUGUAUUGACUUCAACCCAAAAACCUUCUCCAUUGACAUUAACUCCAUCAAUUAUCGAACCUUUGUUUUCAUUCGUCUCUAAUGAUCCUUCUGACAGCAUAGAUAAUACCCCCGUACCUUCACCUUAUAGUGAUUUUUCGGAAUCUUCACAAAGUUUAAACGGUACUUUAGUGCCGACUUCUUGCCAAGAAACCGAAGAUAGAACACUCACACCAGAAAUCAGUACGUCCGUCCAGGAAAGUCUUCCCGAUUCGCAUAUGGUUAACUGCCUCAGCAAUAACACAAAUUCAGUAUCGGCAAUAUCUACUCCCUGUAAUUCAAUUUCCUCGCCUGCAACGUUUAAUUAUAGUGACUAUUCUGCAGUAUCGACCCCAAAAAAUAAUAAACGUAGAUCUAAAAAAAGAACUGAUGUGGGUCUCAAACGUCUUAAACUUGAAGAUGAGUGGAUAAGUAGCAAGAGAAAACGUUUGUGUAAAAAAAGAUUGCAGUAUACUACGUCAAAAGGAAAAAGCACCAAGAAGCAUUAA